UUCACCGAGUAGUAUUAGAUCUACUUCUCAACAAAAAACACUUGGCCUGUUUAUUGUAUUCAAUACAUUUUUCAUCAGUUAAAAUAAAUAGAUCUAGAUUAGAUCUAAUAUUUUAUUCAAUUUUAGCGCAGGCUAAGUUAAGUGAUGCCUCUCCCAGCUGCUCUUCAGGCACGCUUAGCUAAGCGUGGAUUACUUGAAGCUAAACUCAGUGCAAAGAAAAACACCUCUUCAAAGACAACAGAAGAAGUUGAAGAAGUAUUUGCUGAAGAUUACGAUGACCCAUCAAAGCCAGAAGCUCCAGUGUCACAUCCAACACCAGCUUUUCUCCAACAACACCUGAUACUUGAACAGCCCCACCAAGGUGCAAUUGAUAUUGCUGCAGAUGGACCAAUAUAUUUUGAAACAACUGCUUGUCCUAACAGGAGCAAUCCUUAUCAUGAAUGUGUUGCCUAUUGUAAAAAACGUUACGGAAUGCGUGAGUGGGAUCCAGAUACUGACAUGCUAAAGAAAAAAGACAGAAUGCUAAGGAAAUACCCUUUACCAGAAGGCUGGUUACAAGUCGGAGACUUUGAUACAGGACGUUACUAUUAUUGGAAUGUCAAUACAGAUGAGGUUUCAUGGUUAUCACCAACACACCCCAAGGCAAUAAUUUCACAGUCUGCUGAGUUUCUAGGGAUAGUGGGCAAAAUUGGUGAUUUGGACUCUGAAUGGGAAGAUACAUCCUCUCGUUCUGCAUUUAUUAAUCAUAGUGGAAGUGAUACAUCAUUAUCAGAUGAAGAAGAAUUUAUUGAGAAACGAAGAAAACCACAAAAAAGAGGAAGACAAGGCCAAGGUAAAAAGGAUGACCUUGAUCCUAUGGAUCCAGCUGCAUAUUCUGACAUACCAAGGGGAGGCUGGAGUGAAGGACUGGACCAACGUGGUAAAGCUAAAACUGGUGUUGAUACAACAGCAUCUGGGCCAUUGUUCCAGCAGAGGCCCUAUCCUAGCCCUGGAGACAUCCUUAGGGCUAAUCAAGGUUUAAAGAAGAAGAAAUAAUCUGCUUGUAUAUUUUGUAAAAUAUUAUAUUUUUCUUUCAUUUUUAAUAAAGAUUGUCUUAUUGUA